UGUGACGAGGCUUUAUGGCAAUAAAUGUCACAAGUUUUGCUAAAAAAAUAUAACCAAUAACAAUAACAAAGCAUGCAAAACAUUGAAAACAAGAUAAUUCACGUUUAUUAAGAUAGUAUAUAUUAUAAACACUAUAAAAUUAUCGUUUAUAUUAUAUAAGAAGACUAGCUUCUUCUUGAUCUUUCUAAAACACUGUAUUAAAAGAUAAUACAAACUCAAACAUGAGGGAUAUGCAUAAACUUAGUGAAAAAAAUCGUGAAUACCGAGAAAGGUAUAAUCCGUGUUUUAAAGAAGAAGUUUUAUCAUUGAAGUGUUUAAAGAAUAACGAUUACAAUCAAGAAAAAUGCUAUGAUUUUUUCAUAAAUGUUAAAAUCUGCAGAGAAUUCUGGGACGAAUUAAGAAGAGAAAGGAGAUCACGAGGAAUUAAACCUGAAUUACCGUAUCCCAAUGAACGAAAACAAAUUAAAGAGGAAUAUCUAAAGAAUCGAGAAAAUAUGAAUAAAUAGUUUGUAUUCUUUUAAAGUUAUUUUCUUAGUUAUAUAGAAAUAAGGAUUAUGUUCUGUUUUUAAAUACUAAAUAAAAAGAGAACAAUGUUUUUGGUAAAAAUUAAUAUUAUGUAUUCUUUAUGUACAUACAUUUGACUUUUUUUUCUUUUCGUUCACAUGAUAAAUGUGUGUAAGUAUUUACUUACAUUAUACACACACACACAUACACAAUUCAUAACUAGUUUGUACAUAUUUUCGUAGUUGCAAUUUUAUUUUUUUUUAAAGAGUUAUUUGAUAAAUUAUGCGAUUUAUUUUGAAAUGCCGUCUGAAAAUGCCACAUACAUACAUACAUAUGACAUAAACAAUUCGCGUUCUUUAUAAAUUUAAAAGUACACAAUAAUAUUGUAAAAAGUACAUCGAUGUCAAAAAAAAAUAAAUGAAGCAACUUUUGACAUUUUGGUGGCGCUUAAAAAAAAUUUACACUAAAUUUAAUAAAAUAAAAUAAAAAAAAAAAAAAAAAAAA